AUGGCUCCCGUUGCUGCUGCUACUAGAUACGACCCCUCGCAGUUCAACCCUGAACAUAAUGCCACAACGGAAUCUGGGUCUUAUACCAUCAGCAAGGACAAUAGGGCUAUUGCCAAAUUCCCUGAUUUUGUUCCAACCUGGAACCCCAACCAGAAGUUCCCACCUUUGAAGUUCUUCAAACAUACCGACAAAGGAACAUUGGCUGAUCCAGAAUUAAGGAACUUGUUCCCAGCCAAUGGUACCCAUAAAGUCAAGAAGGUUACUCCCAAGCUUGGCUCCGAAGUCCAUGGAAUUCAGUUGUCUCAACUUGAUGAUAAGGGCAAAAACGACUUGGCUCUCUUUUUAGCCCAGAGAGGUGUUGCUAUUUUCAGAGACCAAGACUUCAGCAGUUAUGGUCCUGAAUUUGCUGUAGAAUACGGCAAGUACUUUGGUCCAUUGCAUGUUCAUCCUACCUCGGGGUCUCCAGAAGGGUUUCCUCAGUUGCAUAUUACGUUCAGAGGCGCCUCUCAGAAUGAAUUGGACAGUGCCUUCGAGACUAGAACGAACAACAUUGGCUGGCAUUCUGACGUUUCAUACGAGCUCAACCCUCCUCAAAUAACAUUUUUCAGCGUUCUUGAGGGACCUGAAUCUGGGGGUGAUACCAUUUUCGCCGACACUCAAGAAGCGUAUAAGAGAUUGAGCCCAACCAUGCAAAAGAUGUUGGAAGGUUUACACGUUUUGCAUACUUCUGAAGAUCAAGCCCAUAUCAACCAGGCUGCAGGUGGAAUCUGUAGAAGAGCUCCUGUUUCUAACAUACACCCUCUUGUAAGACAACACCCGGUGACAAAAGAAAAAUUCUUGUUUUUGAAUAGGGAGUUCGGUAGAAGAAUUGUAGAGUUGAAAGAGGAAGAAUCAGAGAAUUUGCUUGAAUUCUUGUUCAACCAUGUUGAGCUGGCUCACGACUUGCAACUCAGAGCCAACUGGGAACCUAACACGGUGGUUUUAUGGGACAACAGAAGAACUGUCCACUCAGCCAUUAUCGAUUGGGAUACUCCAGUGUUAAGACACGCAUUUAGAAUCAGUCCCCAAGGAGAAAGGCCCGUGGAAGACUUGAAGGAUUUGAAUAAUGAGAGUUAUUUAAAAGAAAAGUACUCCGUUAUUAAGAGAGGUUAA